GGAUCCCAAUCAUCCACCCACUGAUCAAACACUCUACACCCACACUCGCACCCACACAGCAAGAUGUCCACCACAUCCCUCGCAUUCAGUCUCGGGGACCCAAUCAUCUGUCUCAAUACCUCCUGCAACUACCCCUUCGGUCGCAUUUGCGAAGAAUGUUCAUUUGAACUCGAAUCUCGAGCUGCUCUUCAAGUACAAUCCCAAUCCCAAGCGCAAGCGCAAGAAACCCCCAAUUCCAAACCCAAGAAUAGAGUUACCAAGAAUCAGACAGCAUUCCCAAGAAGUACAACCGUGCAAUCCCGCAGUCUCGAUAUUCCUCAACGCGUCGCGAAUAUUGUGGAGGAUCUUCAGGAGAUUUUUGCAUUUAUACCUGCAGCUGCGGUACACUCAUCUUCAUUCUCUUCAUCUGAAUGUCCAGCAGCCCCAGCCCCAGCCCCAGCUCCUACAAUCCCCAAAGCACCCAGUAAGUUAAGCACCCAUAACCUACAAAUCUUCGAUUCCACCUCCUUUCCACUCCCACUUCCCCCUUUCUCAAAACCACACUCCACAUCCACAUCUACAUCCAGCUCCUCCCAUUCAAACCCCCAAUCCCAUGCGCUCAAUCCUCCCACACUCAACACCUGGCUCGACGAUAUCGUCAUCCGUACACUCGAAGGUCAAGUACUCUCCCCUUCAUACAUUGGCGGUGCCAAUGAAGAAAAUGAACUGGAAGCUUUGUGUCCGUAUUGCGAUUCUUCGAUGGGAGAAGGAGCAUGGAGGGAAUUGCAUUUGAUCAAUUGUCGGUAUGCGCACGUGGAAGCCGAGAGAUUAGAGAUUGCGAGGGGGGGAUGGUGAAGAGGUGAAGGAUGAAGGGAAGAAAAUGAGGGAUGAAUAGGUAGGUAUAUGUAGCUGGUCUAUACUGUGGAGUUUGAGUUAAUAUUUCUUUACAAGUACUUACUUACGAAUGAGGAAUAUAUAUAUUCCCAGUCCAACAUAAUAUAAAUCGAAACAAAAUAUUUCCAUUUCAAAUAAACACUAUCAAAUACACAAACACACAAAUAACCAAUUCAGCAAUAUAAACCAACA